AUGCAAUUUCAGAUGAGUUUUGCGGCUGGCCUUGAGGAUAAUAUAUUUGCAGACGUCGGUGGAGAUCACGGUGAAGAAUCAGAUGAAGUUAACCAGACUCCGCCACCGUCUCCAGAAGCCAACAAGCGAGACAUAGACAAACCAGGGUACGUUUUAAGUGUUGAAAUUCUAUUUUGGGUUUAGAUUGUUCUCUCUGGCGCAAGUUCAGAUUAAAUUGAACGAACUAUGGUCUACAACACGCGAACGGAUCUUUGGGGAAGAUUACUGGAUUCCUUCUGAUUCUUUUGACGUCGUUGGUUUUCCUUCCGAGUUUCUAAAGCUACACAAGACCGUUUAUCCUCCCCAUGCUAAAGAAUCAAGUCACAGUGUCACCCUAAAGGUCGUUCAAUGUAUUGCAAAGCCAGAUAUUCCGAAUCUACGGAUACUGAAUCAUGUUGUCUACACACAUUACUCAAGCGGAGAGAAGGAAACCUUGAGUUUGUUCAGAACGGAAGAUCUGGGUGAAGCUAUGGACUUUUGUCGAAGAUGCGAGGAGUGCAGAGCUUUGUUUAAAAUGCUGGGUAAGAGUUUGUAUUAACUCAUUUAUAAUUUUAAAAUCUAUUUUUAUACCUAAAUUUAAUUUUUAUUUUAAAAUACGCUUUUGUAGGAUUUUCCAAAGACAUCUGUAAGCAAAUCCGUGAUCUUACAAACAAGCUGCAAUCACAUCCCUUAUGGCGGAUGGUACACAUUUCGAUUGCUUGUGGUCGGACAGAUGUGUUCACAGACGAUGGUUACGAAUAUCUCCAAAAGAUGGGUUACACUUCAGACGAGUAAGGAUAAGGUUCUAGUUUAAUUUCUUUAGUCUUGUCAAACCGAUCGCUUCCCCGGAGGGUCAAUAUCCGUUAAUGAUGGCAAUUGAAUCGAAUCAGCCUGAAAUCGUCAAGUUCUUGAUCAAACUUGGCGCUGAUAUCACUGCUAGAGACCUUAAUGGUAACAGUUGUCUACAUUACGCAGCAUUGGCUUCCACACAGAUGAUUGAGGUAUUUAAAUUUUAAAUAAUGUACUUUUAAGGUAUAUAUUUGUUGUUUAAUAAGAUAUAAUUACCUUUACGUUACAGAUUGUUUGGUCUUGUCCCGAAGCGAAAGAGCUUUUGAAUUGCCUAAACAACGAUCGACUAACACCAGCCUUGUUGGCCAUCAGGAACGCGAAUCCAUUCUGUUUGAAACUUUUGAUCAACCUGGGAGCUGAAAUCAACUUGCGUGUCGCUGGAAAGAAUCCGCUGUUCGAAGCCGUGCAAAGUAAAGGCAAGACAAUUGAGUAAGUUAUAGUUUUUGUGAUCUUUGUCUUUAAUUUCAUUUUAAAAUCGUAAUUAUUAGUUGUGAGAACAAAAACAUUUGAAUAAUGCAUUUUAGGGUGAUAAAAGCAAUUUUGGAGGCGCAACCCCAGAUAAUUAACGAAACAGAAGAAGCUACAGGAAACAACGUUCUGCAUUCUGCUAUGUACAAGAUGCCGCUUCUUGGUCUUCUGAAUCUCCGUCACAAAGAAUUGGAUCUCAACGGUAAAAACAAGGCUGGUCUGACUCCACUUCACUUAUAUUGUUCUCGAGGUGAUGUUGGUAUGAUCAUCACAAUCACUUCGUACGGAUGUGAUCUGAACGCAAAGGAUCGGAAUGGAAAUACUGCUUUGCACGUAGCUGUUUCCAAAAGCAAGAUAGUUAUUACACGGUUGUUAUUGUCAUUAGGAGCUGAUCCGAAUGUCAUCAACAAUCAUGGUGACAGUCCCCGGCAUCUGGCUGCUAAGUUGAAUGAGUAAGUGUUUUUGGAUGUUAAAGGUAGUCAUAACCUGUUUUGUUUUAAAACAGCUCUCUGCAUAUCUCUACAAUAUUAUGUCAUUAACUUUAGGGAGGACUUGUUGAAGACAUUGGUUAUCUGUGGAGCCAAGAGAUGUCCUCACUCCAAGUCUGGCUGUGUUUCUGGAUGUGUAAAUGAACGGUCGGUUCGGUUUCUGUCUAGAACUAGUGUCUCUUCUGAAGCUACUGUAGCUCCAAGUCCACGAUCUUUGGCGACGAUAGAGAAGAUCGAACAUAGAGAAGAACAUCUGGAUCAUCCAUGGAACAGACUACAUGAGGUCGAACAUCAGGUAAGCUUUUUCUGUUCUGAUUUGUACUUUUGCUUUUUGUUCAUUAAGACUACAGGGUGUCCCAAGAAAUUUGCAGGAUUUUAAAAAUUUGUAAUUCAUCUUUGAGUGAUGGCUGAAAUACCAAACUUGGUGCGGUUGAAGUAUGGCCAAUGUAUAUUUUUUGUGAAGAAUUUUGGGAUUUUAGAGUGCAUAUGAAGGUCGUUAUGAAUUUUUGAAAAAACCCAUCUUUACCCCGAAAUACACAUAUUUUCAGUUGAAAAUCACUUUUUUCAUAAUCGGCGGACGCUUUAAAUCAUCGGCGGAGGCCAUAACUCGUUUCAAACUUUAUGGAUAAACUUGAAACCAAAACCGAUCUUCUUAAAAUUUUAUGCGCUAUCUUACGAUGUAUAUAUUCCAUUGAAAUGUUAAGGUAAAAACAAAAGGUUACACAAAAAAGACAAAUCAAACGCAUAUUAAGGUAAAAUGUGUAAUCUUGUUUAUAUGGGCAUAGGUAUAGUAAAAAAAGUUAUAAGGUUUUUAUUUAAGAAAUUUAAGUUACUUAUUUCACCUUUUUUAGUAUUUUAUUGUAAAAACCACUCAAAACAUAAACUGCAACUGAAAAAUUCCGCGAAGUUUUAUUGUAAUAAUUAUCUUUUUAAAAUAUAAAUCAAAAAUUAACUUUUUAUGAUACUAAUAACUUAACCUUUUAAGUUUCUGUUUUUGUCUUAACAUUUCAACGCAAUUUAUACACCAGAGGAUAGCGCAUAAAAUUUUAGAAAGAUCGGUUUUGGUUUCAAGUGUAUCCAUAAAGUUUGAAACGAGUUAUGGCCUCCGCCGAUGAUUUAAAGCGACCGCCGACUCUCCGCCAUUGCGGAGAACAUAAAUUUUCAUCUCGAAAAUGCAUUUCCAACCACAAAACAGCCAAAAACUUAGAAAUUUUUGAUGAAAAAAGUGAUUUUCAACUGAAAAUAUGUGUAUUUCGGGGUAAAGAUGGGUUUUUUCAAAAAUUCAUAACGACCUUCAUAUGCACUCUAAAAUCCCAAAAUUCUUCACAAAAAAUAUACAUUGGCCAUACUUCCACCGCACCAAGUUUGGUAUUUCAGCCAUCACUCAAAGAUGAAUUACAAAUUUUUAAAAUCCUGCAAAUUUCUUGGGAUACCCUCUAAAGUACCAUGGCAUAUAUUGCAGGCCAUUUUCGAAGAAAUGAUUGAGUUUCUGAACAAGAUGAUAGAGCAAAAGAAGGAGAACAAUAAGAAGUUGUGUGUUCUCAGUCUGGAUGGAGGAGGAAUCAGAGGUCUCGUCAUCGUACAGGUAAUUUUUUGUUUUAAAGUAAACGUAAAUAGUAUGUUUUUGUUACCUAAAUAAUUAAAUUUGGUAGAUUUUGCUGGAGAUCGAGCGAGUUAUGGGAGAACCUAUCUUCCCUUACUUUGAUUGGAUUGCAGGAACUUCCACUGGAGCGCUGGUCGCUACUGGAAUGUGCCAAGGUAUGUCAUAAAUUGUUAUGUAUUAAAGGUUAUUAAGUAGUUAUGUUAAGGUGGUGCUUUUGAAUAUUGCAUUUAUUUUUACAGGCAAAACGUUGAGGCAAUGUCAAAUGGUGUAUCUGCGUUUCAAAGACUUGAUCUUCGAUGGCUGGGUACGACCUUACAAACCUCUCAUUUUGGAAACUUUUAUCAAAGUCGAGAUGGGAGAAGAUACUUUAAUGUCAGACUUGAUUCAUCCCCGGCUUAUGUUCACCACGACUAGAGCUGAUGUGUUUCCUGUUCAGUUAGAAUACAUGAGAAACUACCGUCUGCCUCUAAGCGACGAAGAAAAUAUUGAAAUCGGGUAUAACAGACCAAGAGGUAAUCUUCCCUUUGAUUGAUAUUGUAAUAUUCUAUUAUUAAUAUUUAUUUCAACGCGUAUUUUCGGUGUUAUAGUAUGUCUAUCCUAAGGUUUCAGAUUUGCAUUUAUGGAAAGCACUGAGAAGAACGUCAGCAGCUCCGACUUACUUCUCUUGUGCUGAAAAUAGGUACAUUGAUGGUGGCAUUAUCUCGAACAACCCCACAUUAGAUCUUAUGGGCGAAAUUCAGAUGCACAAUACCGUGUCGAAACAUCUGGUAAGUGUUACAAUUGUAGAAAAUAUUUUUUUUAUUUUUGCUGAAGUAUUGUCGUUUUAGAAAAGAGAUCAGGAGGUGGAGAUUGGAUGUAUCCUUAGUAUCGGAACGGGCGUGAUUCCGACGAUACCAAUGGACGCUGGUCAAUUAGACUUGUCCAGCAAUCCGUACUCUUCAGCUGUUGCCAUUAAGAAUCUGGGCAUUAUUCUGGUUGACCAAGUAAGUUGUUCUACCAAUUUAAUUUUACACGUUCUUUCUUUUUCGAAUUUUUAAUCAUACAUUUUUUAGGUAACAGCAACUGAAGGAGCACCGGUAGCUCGAGCAUCAUCAUGGUGCAUUAACCAACGAAUCCCGUACUUCAGAUUCUCUUCUCCUUUAUUCAAAGACAUUGCUAUGGACACAACUGAUGAUCUGGUGUUAGCCCGAAUGAUGUGGGAUGCUAUGGAGUACAUGUACCGCCAUCAUAGCUACAUUGAUAAGCUGUGCACGUUGUUGAAGAAGUUGGGUCACUCGGAGCUCAGGAAACGCUUAUUUUUGACAGAAGAAGAGGAGCAUGAGCUACUCAAAGACAUUGAACAAAGAAAGAACGAAAAGAAAAACCGUGACAUCAAAGAAGCUCCACCCAUGGAGACAGAAGAUGCAAAGAAAGACAAAAAAGAUGUUAAGGAUGACAAAAAUGAAAGUAAUGUAAAGAAGAGCGAAAACGAAUCGACCGGUAAAGACCCAAAGAACGACGAAAAAAUUGGCCAGAACACUGAUGAUUCAAAGAAGACGGAAAAGAAAGAUGAAGCUAAAGCUGGUACAAAGGAACACAAAAACGAACAAAAGGAAGUCCAGAAGGACGCGGAACAGACCAAUGCCGAUGGCAAAGACGCUUCCAAGGAAGUGGAAGAAGAAGUCCAAGAUACUCGACCAUCCAGAAAUACCUCAGCCAACCCCAAGGCAGACGGCAACGAGGACGAAGUCUUCGAAGACGAAAAGAACGAACAAAACCAGGAAACGUGA